AUGAAGAUCCGUCAAGUCCCACUGACGGAACAACCCCCGUCCCGCACAAGGGAGGCCAACUACUGUCAAGUAUUCGUCGAGCACAUGGCGAAAGAUGCCUUGACCUGGUUCUCUAACCUCCCCGCUGAGUCGAUCGAUAACUUCGACGACCUAACCAAUGCUUUUCUGAAGCACUAUUCCAUGCACAUGACCCGAAUCACUCGGAACAUGUUCACCACAACGCAAACCCAAGGCGAACCAUUGCGCAGCUUUAUGGAAAGGUUCAAACAAGCAGCUCGCGAUACUGGCGACAUGCCCGAUAGCGUCCCGCUGGAAGCACUCCGCAACGGCCUCUGGUACGACUCCAAGUUUAAGGAGGAUUUGUCACUAAAACCCCCUGCGACUCUGGAGGACGCGUUCCACCGCUCUCGGAACUACAUCUUCCUCGAGGAAGACCAACGCUUCUACGCCGAGAAACAUCGAGAUAGGGCAGCAGCAGUAGACCCGAAACCCAGGAGUGAACCCAUGGAGAGGAACCGACAUGAAGAGGCACGCGAUCCAGAGAGCACGAUCCGAGAGGUCUCUCCUCACAGCGUUCGCAGCAGCCGACGACGAGUUCGAGCAAGAACACGCAGCGGCCGUUUCGACGCCACAAGACAUCAACUCGCUCGAAGAUGA